CAAAGAUGGCCGACUAGCAGCGAACGAAGUCUUCCGUGUAGUUCGUUGGAACAGACAGGAGCACAGUCUAGUUUGCUUUAUGGCAUGGGAAGGUUGAAGAUGCAUUCAUGGCGUAGAUCUUUAUAAUUUAUUGCCACCACUUAGUUGAACAGGAUUCAACUCAGCUGUAAGCAUGGCGCAUCAGGGACCUGUUUCUUCUGCUGGGCUUCCAACAGCCGGUGACAGUCAACAGAGAUCGCGAUCAGCCACUCCCACUGCAGCAUUAAGAGGGUCAUUGACUGAUAUGAAAUCUUUUCUUGUGGAAAAGGAGAUGCUGGAAAGUCAGAUGAGGAAGCUAAGCCUAGAGAAUUCGACGCUGCAGAUGGAAAACAAACUCCUUAAAGACAAAUAUAACAGAUCUGUCGCUCGGGUGUCUGAGUUGGAAUCAAAUUUGCAAGAAAACAAAGAUGAGUUAGAAGAAUUACAAGGGAAAAUUGACCAAGAGACAAGCCGAGUGACUCGCUCUGUGCGCAGUGACUUUGAACGACAACUAGAGCAGCAGCAGAUUAAGGCAAACUCAGCCAUCAAAGAAGGAGAAAUAUUAAAAUCGCAGAUGACCUAUCUUGAACAGCAACUGAACAGUGCAAAAAAAGAGGUCGAGACUAUAAAGGAAAACACUGAUAAGACUAAGAUCCAUGAAGCAUACAGUCAGGAAUCUAGUGCUCUAAAAGAGGAAAUAUCACACCUCAAGCACCUCCUUGAAGAAAGUGAAAAAGCAUUGGAGGCAGAAUGUGCCCGCACCAAAGAAAUGAGUGGCCAAAUCAAGCAGCUGAUGGAGAUAAGAGAUGUACUUCAGCUGCAAGUUGAGGAAGGGGGGACUGGUGGCACUGCUGCAGAGAAACAGGCUGCGUCUCUCCAAAUGCGACUCCGGCUCACAGAAGAGCGCCUGACCCAGGAGCGGGCUGACCGUGCUGGGAAUUUGUCUCAAAUUGAAGAGAAACUGCUCACUGAAAACGCCAAGCUACAGACAAAAGAGAAAGAGUUGGAAAGACAGUUGAAACGGGAACGAGAAAAGUCUAGAGGUCAGGAGCUGAGAGUACAAGAAUUCAGAGAAGACAAUCUCAAACUUCGUUUAGCGAUGCCUGAUGAAGAUGAGAAGAACUAUGACAUUCCAUACAGUCGACAUUCCACACAACGGCAAGAUGGCAAGAAGCCGGCGUACGACAUCAAGCAGAUCCUGCAGCAGCUUGAAACCGAGAGCGGCCUGUCGGGGGACAGUGAGAACAAAGACGCUCUCCUGCUGUACAUGUGGGAGCUGCGGCAGGAUCUACAGCAACAGCUGAAGGAGUGGAGGCUGUACCUGCAGGAGCUAGAUCUCCCAGAGGGGGAGGACGACUCCUCAGGGCUACAGAGUGCUCUUGCAAUGAAGGAAGAGUACGAGGCAAAGAUGCUUCAGACUGAGGAAAGAAUUGAGGAUGUCAGUGCUGAGAGGAUCACAGCGGAGCAGACAUACAAACAGCAAUUGACAGAACUGGUGAAGGAGAGGCAUGACGCUUUUGCUCGACUCCAGACUUUAAAUGACCUGAUGGAUGCUCUGAGAGCUGAGAAUGAGACUCUAAGGGAGGGGCUGGCAACCACUUCUGGACAUAUGGAGGUCAGGCCUGGUGCUGCUUCCACAGGCCAAGUGGAAGCUCUACAGGAGGAGGUUUCAGGCCUGGAAGCUCGUGUGGGUCAGUUGACCCGCAAAAAUAAAGUGGCUGAGACGGAGAUGGUCACUCUGCGCUCCCAGCUGUCGGCUCGGGACAAGGAGCUGAGGGAACUCCGAGCUGAGUUGCAGGCUGCUCACUUAGGACCAGCGUCAGACCCAGGGCAGGAGCAGAUCCAGGCACACAGACUGCAGGCUCUCACCACGGAGAUUGCCGAACUGAAAGAAGAAAUUCGACUUCAAAGUGACAAGUGUGGAACUCUUCAGUCUGAGAAGCACAGGUUGGAGUCAGAGGUGGAGGAGACCAGGAGUCAGCUGAGAAAUGCGAAGAAAAAAAGCAGAGAACAAGACCUGGGUUCUAGUCUCACUCAAAAACAUCAGGUGGAGGGUUUGGAGAAGGAGCUGGAGCAGAAGGACGGUCAGAUCCUACAGCUGAGUGCCCAGCACAACGAGAGUGAGAGCUCACUGCACCAGGCCCGGGCAGAGCUGGCCAUUCAGCGCCGGACACAGGAAGAGUUGGAGGCUCAGAUUUCUGCCAUCCAGCGCCAGCUUGAUGAGAGAUGUCAAGUUCUGGAUGAGAUGACUGCCAGGGAGGGAGAGCAGAUGGAGCAGCUGGAACUUGUCAAGGACAUGAUCCACUCGCUGAAUCAGGGGCUCAGCCACAGGCAAGGGGAGACAGAGGUGCUUCAGUUGGAGCUUCAACAAGCUAAGGAGAAAAUCUCGUGGCUGGAGGAGCAAAAGUCUAACUUGAAUGACCAGCUGGCUGAGACUGGCCAAUCUGGGACUGGGUCAAGGGUCAAAGGAAGUGCUGCCGCGACAGACCUGAGAGUGUCGGAGUUAGAGUCGGAGAGAGAGCAGAUGAAACUGCAGUUGCUGCAAAAUGUCACUGCAUCUGUCAGUCUGAGAGAGGAAGUCGAGUCUCUCAACACAGAAGUCAUCAAAGCACAGCAUGAAGCCUCUACUGCUAGGGCCAGCAACACGCAGGCCAGCAAUGAACAAGCUGUUUUACAACGUAGAGUUCAGACACUGGAAGAAGAGAAGAAAAUGAGGAUUGAGGAGCGAGACAACUGUAAGGUACACCUGGCCAAUGCAGAGGCUUCUCUUCAAGAGGUGGUCAGCAAGUUUGAGACAGAGGGCAGGACAAAAUAUGAUGGCUUCACCACAGAGUAUCAUGAUGACUCUCCAGAGGGGCAGAAGCUGAUUGGUGAAGUGCACACACUGAGGCUUUUGACUUUUGCCAAAGACAAGGAGAACAGUGUCAUAAUGGACAAAAUGAGGAGACAGGAGGAAGAAAAGAAAAAUGUUGAGAAGAUGUGUGGCCUGCUGGAGUCUGAAAAUGGCCAGGGCAGGAAAGACAUCUCACGUAUCACUAAUGAACUGGUACUCAAGAUGAAAGAAAAUUCAGCUGCCAUGGAGGUGAACAGAGUGUUGGUGAGAGACCAGGCUUCUACUCUCAAGAAGCUGGCCUCUGUGGAGGCUCAGCUGACCCAGGAGAAGGAGAGGACAGACAGGAGAAGGGCAGAGGUCAAUGAGGUCAUUAGAAAGAUUGAGCACUCGGAGCAGGCACAUCAGUCGACCUCUCUGACCCUCCAGCAGAAGGACAGCGUCAUCGGUGACCUCGAGGUGAGGCUGCACCAGGUGACUAAAGAUCUGUCCACUACAGAGUCAGAGAGGGAUUCACUCAAGGUCAAGGUUGAUCAGCUGUCUGAUGACGUGAGGGCUUUGAGUAAUGUAAAUACCGGACUGGAAAAGAAGCUGGAAACAAACCAUACUGUUCUCCAAGAAGAACAAAACUCAGGCUCAAAGCGGAGAGAGGAGAUCACUUCCCUCAACCACAAGAUGGAGGUUCUGAAACAUGAGCAGAAUUUACUCCUUGGAAACUUGACCACGGAGAGGAAGACACAGGAAAAACUAAAGGAGGAAAUCAAAAGCCAUGAAGAGGAGGAAAAGAAAUUGCGGGAAAAAAUUGCUGAAUUGACAGGAGAACUUGAGACUCAGAAAGGACAUCUGAUUGCUGCCAAGGAGACUGUUCAACAGACGAAAGCAGAGAAAGAGACUUUUAUGAAAGAUUACCAUGAUGCCUGCCGGAGGCUUGGGGAGAAGGAGACCGCCAUGCAAGAGAUGCAGAAAAAAAGUGAGAAGGAGAUCACCGUUGUACGUCAGGAGACACUGAAACAGAGUCAAGCUGUGUCUCUCGAGAAAGCAAAUACCACUAGAGAUCUGUCUCAACUCAGGCAAGAAGUGGAGGAUCUGAAGCAGCAACUGAGCAGGAAAGAUGCACAGAUUGGGAGCUUCAACCACACGCUCAAGGAACUUGAAGAUGCUCAAAGACAAAAUAAAGACUUGGAGAAUUAUAUCAGUGAACAAGACAAAAUCUCUGCCGAGUCAAAGCUGCUUGUGGAGUCUUUGCGCAAAGAGUUGAUGAGUUUACGGGAUGAAAACUCAAAUAUACAGGACACUGUAGCAAGGAAAGAGGUGGUUAUUUUGGACCUGAAGGAUCAGCUGCGUAGUAGUGGGGAAUCCACGGAGUCACAGGUCACAGAGAUGAGGCACACUAUAGACGGCAUGCGCUCUCAUCAUGAGUUUGAGAAGAAAACACUCAGAGAUGCCCUGAACAAGGUGGAAGAAAACUUGAAGUCCUCAGUGCAGGAAGUGCGGACUUUGAUGGAUGCCAAAGACCAUUUGUCAGAGCAGACACGGACCCAGGAGAGGGCGCUGUCAGAAGUGAACUACAAACUGAGCCAAGAGGUCGCUGCACGAAAGGUCUCAGAAGAGAAGCUGGAGCAGAUCAGGGAAACGGUGGAUGAUGCAAAAAGGAAAAAGGUCAAUGCAGAGGAAAAGGCCAACAGCCUACAGAUGUCCAUGAACAAAGCGGAGGCUGAUCACACAGUGAUGAGAGAGAGAAUCAAGAACCUUACCACUCAGCUCAAGGAUGUGGAGACAGCCCUUGCUGUUAGUGAAGGAGCAGUUAAGGCUGGCGAAGACAAAGUAGAGGGACUUAAGACUGAGUUGCUCAGACAUCAGCAGUCCUUGGAAUCCCUGAAGCAACAGUCCGGCAGCAAACUGCGCAAACUCACACUGGACCUACAACAACAAGGAGAGAGCCAGGAAAAAGAACAGCUCAAGCUGACCCAGCAGUGUCAUCAGUUGUCUGUGGACCUGGAGCAAGCCCGAGAAAUGCUUGCAGUCAAAAGCAAGGAGAACCUUAAGCUUCAAGAGGAAAUGUUGGAGCUUCAAGAGCAGGUGAGGGAAGGAGCGUCCAAACUCCGGCAGACACAGGAUUCCCUCAAACACGAGGAGGAAAUGCAGACACGCCUCAGCUACAGAUUUGAAGAACAAGAAAGUGAACUGAAACAAUUGCGGAAUUUCUUAGCAAAGAAAGCAGAUGAAGAUGGAGAUGGUAAAGGCAUGUGGCAAGAAAUGAAUCGUGUCAUCUCAGAGCUGUCUCGGCAGCUGCAGUUCCACAUGGAGACGUCCCGGCUGAUGGAGCAAGGGAACCGGGACAACAGCAGCGAGCUGGUUCACCGACUGCGCCGGUCUCUGCUAGAGGCCGAGUCGCAGCUGAACACAGAGCGGGCCCUGCACCAGGUGACCCGCAGCUCUAUGCAGGCUUUGGACGAGGACUGCUCCCGACUACGACAGAUGCUUUACGCCAUGAAGAGGCGGGGUACUCGCUCAGAGAAAAAGCCAAAGUCGAGAAUGGAGGAGAUCAAUGAAAUCAUUGCCAGGUCCCAGACUCGGGCGCAAGCCAUGCUGGCAAGUGGCGAGUACAGUCUUGAUUCUUCGCUGCGUAAUAUGAACCCUUCACGAGACUACAACGUGGGAGAUAGUAACUUUUCUCCAGACACCUCUGUUGCCAGUGAUGCUUCCUUCACCAAUGCCACCCUAGCAAACUUGUCUUUCUUGAAUCUGUCAGGAACACAUAACACAGUAUCUCCCCGGAAGUGACUGCUGAAUGUCAUAUGAAAGGUGAUUCAAAGUAAAUUGACCGUCAUAUGCUUUGAUUAUUGGGAAAGCUUGUUUAAUCUGAGCUGAUUGCUUCCUUAGGCUACAAAAAUAUUUUCUACCAAGGAAUUGCCAUAGAGUCAAGUGUAAUAAGGGUAUGCAUAUCUUUUUUUACUUAAUGCAUAUCUGAAUGCUCUACCAAAAAGUUUGUAUGGUUUAUACAAAUAUUUUUUAAUACAAAUUUUUAGAGAUCUUGUACAACUUAUUUACAUUUCCCAACUACAUCCGCUGUAUUAGUGGCGAAAAUUUCAUUGUAAUUUGGAGUUGCAUUAAGAGAGUUUUACAGUUCCCAUAAAUUUGAAAGUAUGUUUUUACUAUAAAAGUGCUGCUGCAUCUGACAGAAUAAAUGUUUUUUAUCAAGGUAUUUUUUUUAAAUGUCAGAGAACUAGCUUAAAAGAUAUACUUGGGUUUGAAAAAUGUCUGAAAAGUAGAAUAUUAUCUCUCACAGUUUUGAAGUACUGAAUAUGUAAAAGGUCGAAAUGUUGGAAUUAAUUGACAUCAGGGAUCACGGAAGACUGCACUAAGAAACUGUUGGUUUUUUUAAAACUCUGAAACUGAGAAAUUGUAUUUGUACAAUAUAUCUCUGUCUGUCAUGAGGUUGUACUGUUUGAUGUUCACUUUGUGCGCUUCACAGAUUUUCCUGUAAGUGAUGUGGUCAACACUAUUCACUAAUCUAUAUAAUUUUUCUCUGUACUGUUUACAUCAACUGCCCGUCCAUAUUUAUUUUUGUUUCUUUGUAGUCAAGAGUACUAAAUCCAAAGUCAUAUUACAAUGAGAAUUUUAUUGGUUUGCUGUGAUAUAGAUCAGUAGUUUUAUUUGAUUCCAUCCAUUGUUGUGAUGCUUUUUAACUCUCACUAUUCACUGUGAUAUACAUUUGCUGUUU